CCUGUCGCCAUCGGAAAGAGAGAAAGAAGGGGACAAAGAGAAACGUUUAAACUUUGUAAACCCUAACCCUAGAUUCUUUAACCCAAAUGCUAACCCUAAUUCGAGGAGGAGAAGUCAAGCAUCCUCGUCACCGACGUCUUAAUCAAGGGGGUGGUUGCUUUGUCCAAUUAUGGUGUUCGAAGAGUUCGAGUUGGACCGGCCGGUGAGAUUCUUUGAUCGGGCAGGGGUCGAAUUGUGCUGCGGGGAUUUGGGACUUUAGGAGGAGGAGAUGGAUGGGUGGAAGUGGUGGUGUUGGCACCGAGGAAACGCCGCCAAUUUCGUCCAUCGCGAGCCGGAGUUCUUCUCCCUUCCCUCGCCCAUCCCCGAAUGGCCACAAGCUACCUGUCUGUUGUAUGUUUUUCCUUUUCCCCCUUUGUUGAGCGCUUGGGAGCAUGCCUGCUGGUGUGUGAUGAGUAUCAGUAGUUUAUGGAUGCAUGGUUGGGGUGAAGGGUUUGCUAAGGGAAAAAUAUGCAUUGGAGAACUGGAAGUUGUAAAAGUGACCAAGUUCCAGAGCAUUUGGAGCUGCUUUUCAUCUAAGGAUGGUGCUAAAGGAGCUACAUUCUAUCAACCUUCAGAAAUACCAGAUGGUUUCAUUAGCCUUGGUCACUAUGGCCAACCAAAUGACCAGCCGUUACAUGGUUUUGUUCUUGUGGUGAGAGAGCUUGCUGAUUCCGAAGCAACAGCUGAUCUGCCAGCUCUGCAGAAACCCCUAGAUUAUACCCUUGUUUGGAGUUCAUCUGACUGGACAGAAAAUGACCAUGAUGGCUGUGGUUACUUCUGGCUUCCAUCACCUCCAGAGGGUUAUAAAUCUCUGGGUUAUUUGGUCACCAAAGGACCCAACAAGCCCUCCCUUGAAGAAGUUAGAUGCGUCCGAUGUGAUCUAACAGAGACUUGCGAGGCUUAUGAUUUGAUAGUUGAUAUGGAACCCAUGUUUCCGGAGUUCCCCUGCCAAAUUUGGAAAGUGAGGCCUUCCCUUCGGGGGAUGUGGGAAAAAGGUCUAUCUGUUGGAACGUUCUUCUGCAGUACUAACUCUAUCUUUGAAGAUGAGCCGAGGAUUUCUUGCUUAAAGAACCUCGAUUAUUCUCUACAAGCAAUGCCAAAUUUAGAGCAGAUCCAUGCACUCAUGAAGCAUUAUGGUCCUACUGUUUUCUUCCAUCCAAAUGAAAUUUAUUUGCCUUCAUCGGUUCCAUGGUUUUUCGAGAAUGGAGCUACUUUAUAUACAAGAGGCAUAAAAGUGGGAGAGGAUAUAAGUGCCGAAGGUUCAAACCUACCUGUUGGUGGUGAAAAUGAUGGAGAAUACUGGAUGGAUCUUCCUCAGGAUGAAAGGGCUGACGAUGUCAAGCAGGGGAGCAUAGAUAGCUGCAAACUCUAUGUUCAUGUGAAACCAGCACUAGGAGGCACAUUCACCGAUCUUUCCAUAUGGGUAUUUUGUCCCUUCAAUGGCCCGGCUACAAUAAAAAUUGGGGUGGCCAGUUUCUCUCUCAGCAAGAUUGGGAGGCAUGUUGGAGAUUGGGAACAUUUCACACUUAGAAUAAGCAAUUUCACAGGUGAGCUUUGGAGUAUCUUCUUUUCACAGCAUAGUGGAGGAGAGUGGGUGGAUGCUUCUGGCUUAGAGUUUAUCGAAGGUAACAAAGCUGUAGUUUAUUCUUCUAAGAGUGGGCAUGCGAGUUUUCCGCAUGCUGGAACUUACCUGCAGGGUUCUGAAAAGCUUGGAAUAGGUGUAAGGAAUGAUGCUGCACAAAGCAAUCUAUUGGUGGAUUCCAGCGUCAAGUAUCAGAUUGUUGCAGCAGAAUAUCUUGGAGAUGCUGUGUCCGAACCUAACUGGUUGCAGUACAUGAGAGAGUGGGGUCCAACCAUCAUUUACAAUUCGAAGACAGAGUUAGAUAGGAUACUUCGUUUUCUACCAUUUAAUCUCAGGUUCACGGUGGAGAAUAUAUUUGACAGCCUUCCGAUGGAGUUAUAUGGAGAAGAAGGACCAACAGGACCAAAGGAAAAGGAUAAUUGGGAAGGUGACGAGAGAUGCUAGCGUUCCCUUCUCCGGAUCUGUUCUUCUUCAUUUGUUCCAUUUACUAUUGUUAUGUGCUUCCAGUGAAAGUCUGCUGCAAUCAUUCUUUUGCCAAUUGGAACUGAAGAAGGUAAUUAGCUCUGUCAUUUAAUGGCACGUUUUGUUGUAAAUAUAAUAGAUGUACUUCCACUGGAGUCGCAGCCGAGUUUGCUGAGGGUAGCUCAAGGAGAAUAGGAGGAUGCUUAAGGUGGCUGGUUCUCGAGUCCCUCUCUGUAGUUCCUUCCUUUGUAUGCUCCUUGUAUUGCAUCCAUUCAGAUGUAAUAUGAAUAUACUGGUGUGCAUUUUGGCACUCUACGAUCUUAUUACUAUAUAUGUCAGCAGGGUCGUUCGUUUCUGCAGCUUUAAUGAGAAAAAUUGGCUCAUGAGACUCUCCUAAUGGUGUUAUGUUAUC